ACUCGCAUAUUUCUGUGUGCGCUUGUUUCAUCUCUACAUACAGAAUAAGAAAAUGUCCGGACGCGGUAAAGGAGGCAAAGUUAAAGGCAAGUCCAAGUCUCGUUCAUCCAGGGCUGGACUUCAGUUUCCAGUCGGUCGUAUCCACCGUCUGUUGAGAAAGGGAAACUAUGCUGAGCGUGUUGGUGCCGGCGCCCCUGUUUACCUCGCUGCAGUGCUCGAGUAUUUGGCUGCCGAAGUUCUCGAGUUGGCUGGCAACGCUGCCAGAGACAACAAGAAGACAAGAAUCAUUCCCCGUCACCUCCAGCUGGCCAUCAGAAACGACGAGGAGUUGAACAAACUUCUGUCUGGCGUCACCAUCGCUCAGGGUGGUGUCUUGCCCAACAUCCAAGCCGUACUUCUGCCCAAGAAGUCUCAAAAGACACCAGGUGGCAAGGCAUAAAUCGUCAUUCAACACCACUCCCACCCAAGUCACCCCCAACACCACACUGUCCUUUUCAGGACAACCUCCACAUAUUUCAAAAUUAGCUUUGACGUUCACAAACAAACGAGCUGUUACAUUUGUUUAUUUUAUGUGUAGUUAGACAUUAUUAUUUACAUAUGCAGGUCGCAACUGAGUUUGCUCUGCGCUCAC